CAUAUAAAGGACGCGCACGACAGCAGCAAUCUUUCAGAACAGGGUCACUCUCGUUCAGUCGCUCAAAAUUCUCAGCAAACCCCCGUCUUUGAUCCGCCAGCCCACCCUAAAAAUUCAAGAAUGAGGGCGCUGUUCAUAGGCCGAGGGUUGAAAAUUCAGAUUGAGCUGAAACCCUUUUGCCUGUCUAACUCUUGUAAGAGAUUUUCAUAUUCUAAUGAUGGACCCUCUGAUAUGGAUGUUCAUAAAGAAAAUGAAGGCCCCUUCAAGAAGGGGAGGUGGACCGUUUCUGAUAUUAAUGCUGGAAAUGGCCAAACUUUGAGAAAACAUGAAGUUGUUAGGCGUGCGGUUGAGAAUGCCUGUCACGUUCUGGAAAGUGGUCCUUGGGGACCUUCCUUGGAGAAUGCUCUGUCUACAGUUGAUGAUAAACCUCAGGCAGAUGUGGUUAUUGGAGUUUUGAGGAGGAUGAAGGAUGUUGAUUUAGGUGUUAAGUAUUUUAGAUGGGUUGAGAGGGUGACCAAUCAAGUGAAUUCUCCAGAAACAUAUAAUUCGCUUCUCAUGUUAAUGGCUAGGUGUAAGAAAUUUGACGGAUUUGAACAUGUUUUCGAGGAAAUGAGUCUUGCUGGAUUUAGUCCUUCUUUCGAAACAAGCGUGGAAUUAGUUUCCAGCUGUGUGAAGGCACAAAGAUUGAAAGAGGCAUUUGAUCUUAUUGAAACCAUGAGAAAAUUUAAAUUCCGCCCUGGGUUUUCGGCUUACACAACGCUUAUAGGUGCAUUGGCUAUGGUUCAUAAGCCCAAUCACCCUGAUCUCAUGCUUUCCCUCUUUUAUCAGAUGCAGGAGUUAGGAUAUGAAGUUAAUGUGCAUUUGUUCACAACUUUAAUUCGUGUACUCGCCCGUGAUGGCCGGGUGGAUGCUGCUCUCUCCUUGUUGGAUGAGAUGAAGAGCAAUUCAUUUGAUGUAGACAUCGUUCUCUAUAAUGUAUGUAUUGACUGCUUCGGUAAGGUUGGUAAGGUGGAUAUUGCUUGGAAAUUCUUUCAUGAGAUAAAAUCCCAUGGUCUCAUGCCUGAUGAUGUGUCAUAUACGAGCAUGAUAGCAGUUCUCUGCAAGGCUAGUAGGUUGACUGAAGCUGUUGAGUUGUUUGAGCAAAUGGAGCAGAAUCGCACUGUGCCCUGUGCAUAUGCUUACAACACCAUGAUCAUGGGUUAUGGUUCUGCUGGACGGUUUGAUGAAGCUUAUGGUUUGCUUGAGAGGCAAAGACUGAAGGGGUCCAUACCAAGUGUGAUUGCUUACAAUAGCCUUCUUACUUGUCUUGGUAAGAAAGGAAAAGUAGACGAGGCUUUAAAAAUUUUUAAUGAGAUGAAAAAGGAUGCCAUGCCGAACCUCUCUACGUAUAAUAUUCUUGUAGACAUGCUUUCUAGGACAGGAAAACUUGAUGCAGCUUUAGAGAUGCAAAAUGAUAUGAAGGAAACUGGCUUGGUUCCAAACAUAAUGACUGUUAACAUUAUGAUUGAUCGACUGUGUAAAGCUAACAAACUUGACGAGGCUUAUUCCAUUUUUCAGGGCAUGGAUCAUAAAGUUUGUCCCCCAAAUAAAGUUACAUUUUGUUCAUUGAUAGAUGGCAUGGGUAGGCAUGGCAGAGUAGAUGAUGCGUAUAGAUUGUACGAGCAGAUGUUAGAUUCUGAUGUGAUUGCGGAUGCAAUUGUCUAUACAUCUCUCAUCAGGAGCUUUUUCAAAUCUGGCAGAAAGGAGGAUGGGCAUAAGAUUUACAAGGAAAUGGUUCGCAGAGGCGUUUCUCCAGACCUUACACUCCUUAAUACCUAUAUGGAUUGUGCAUUUAAAGCUGGUGAAACAGAAAAAGGCAGAAGUUUGUUUGAGGAAAUUAAGUCUCGGUUUACCCCUGAUGCACGGAGCUAUUCGAUUCUAAUUCAUGGUCUCAUAAAGGCUGGAUUUGCUCGCGAGACAUAUGAGCUAUUCUACGCAAUGAAAGAACAGGGGUGUGUUCUUGAUACCCUUGCUUAUAACACUGUUAUAGAUGGAUUCUGCAAAUCAGGUAAAGUGAACAAAGCUUACCAGCUUUUGGAGGAAAUGAAGGCAAAAGGUCAUCAACCAACUGUAGUUACUUAUGGUUCUGUCAUUGAUGGGCUUGCUAAGAUUGACAGGCUUGAUGAAGCCUAUAUGCUCUUUGAAGAAGCAAAAUCAUUUGGCGUGGAAUUAAAUGUAGUUGUUUAUAGUAGUCUCGUGGAUGGGUUCGGAAAGGUGGGUAGAAUUGAUGAAGCAUAUCUCAUCAUAGAGGAAAUGAUGCAAAAGGAUUUAAUGCCGAAUGUCCAAACAUGGAAUUGCUUGCUUGAUGCACUUGUGAAGGCAGAAGAAAUAGAUGAAGCCCUUGUCUGCUGGAAUUCUAUGAAGGACUUGAAAUGCACUCCUAAUAUCAUAACCUAUAGCAUCCUUAUAAAUGGUCUUUGUAGGGUUCGAAAAUUCAACAAAGCCUUUGUUUUUUGGCAGGAGAUGCAGAAACAAGGGUUGAAACCUAACGCAAUCACCUAUCUCACGAUGAUAUCUGGGCUCGCCAAGGCUGGAAAUGUAUUGGAGGCCGACAAACUCUUUGAGAGGUUCAAGGCCAAUGGAGGUAUACCUGAUUCUGCAUGCUAUAAUACAAUGAUAGAAGGGUUAAGCAUAGCAAAUAGGGCAACGGAAGCAUAUAAGCUAUUCGAAGAAACCAGGCUGAAGGGUUGUAACAUAUAUACCAAAACUUGUGUGGUUCUAUUGGACGCCCUGCAUAAAGCUGAAUGUAUUGAGCAGGCAGCAAUAGUGGGUGCUGUAUUAAGGGAAACAGCUAAAUCGCAGCAUGCUUCCAGAUCAUUGUAAAGAUAUAAGAGGCGGCGUUUUUCAGUGGGGCAGAGAUAUACUUGCUUUUGGCACAUAUUUGGAGCUUCAAUAUAUAUCAGAGGAAGAAUGCAAAGUGGAUUAUCAAUGUUAUUCUGUACUGCCUUCUUUAUCGGUGAUGGACUCAGUAUUCGUCGAAGCAGUUCUGGUAUACACUUAAAACCAAAUAUCACGAAUUCAACAUGGAUUCCCAUGGCAAAUAGGGCCUGGAGUUACGGAACAAGAUGCCACCUGUAGCAUGAUGUUCUUCUGUCCCUUGUUCUAUCUGCUCUCUGUAAUAAGGGUUGAGACUUGACAAGAACUGCUGUCAAGACACAAACUUGGAUUCUCCAACAAGUUCCCAGAUGGCUCAUGCAUUCGCCUCAAAUAUGUCUUGUUUAAAUUUAUUGCACUGUCU